GUUAAUCAAGUUUACAAUGCUUGUGCUGAAAGAGUUGGUAUCAACGUCUUUCUGACAACUUCUACACAAAUUUACCAAUUUUUACUUAAAAGUUUUCGAAAGUGCACUACCCGAUCAUAAUGAACAACAUUUACCAUCUUGAUGACCAAGUUCGAUGCCCUUCAAUGUUCUAAACUAUUUAUUGAUAUUUACAUUGACAAUAAAUAGCUUCGAUAGUACUGCUGCAUUCCAAGGGUCGUUACCCUCAAAUAUUCUAAACGAAGUUUCCGACUUCAACGAUAUUGUUGAAAAAGACUUCCAAAGUAAUCGCAGUCCUCCAUUAAAAGAGGAAGGUGAAUUGACGAAAAAAGAAGUUAACUAUGCAAAAAAUAGCGAAUUCCAUCACUCUUAUGACACAUUUGAGGAUAAUCCUAAUCACGACAGCGUUUUUUCGUCAUCGGUACUAGGGGAUAGUGGUAGCUGUAAAGGUAGCUUAUGCCCAAAACAUGGUAUUAGAUAUAGGGAUUCUGGAAAUAUACCUGAAGCCAUGGAGGAGACGGAUAGCUUGAAGCAAGCACAACCGUAUUUAGUUCGCUUAUUACCAAAUCAAGAUUUUGAUGGCACUAAAGAAGACAAUGCCUGCGAAAAUUGUAACAAAAUUAAAGGUCUAUUACCAAUUCCUUUAAUGGAAAGUCUUCUGAUUAGUAAAUUAUUGGAAAGGCAAGACGGAGCGCAACCCUAUCCGAUUAAGUAUGUAGUUAAGGCAGUUUUACCUAAUGUAAAGGAUAUAUCCGAAUUGGACAAACCUGAAACGCAACGAUGUAUUAAAACGUAUUUGCAACGCCGAAAAAGACAGUUGGAGUUGUUGAAGAAAAGGAGUGCUAAACACAAAAAGAAGCCUCAUAAAAAGAAACAUAAGAAAAGAAAGCACGGGAAAAAACACAAGCCGUACAAGAGGCAUCACAGAAGUAUCAACGACAAUUUUGAUAAUCAGCUAAAUGGAAUUGCGGAUUAUAUUUCGAAAAAUCAAACUUUCAAUGAGACUCUGACCUAUGUUCCGCUGCUAUUUGGAACUGUUACACCAGCAGAAGGACAAUUGCUGUUAGCCGGAGUUAAGCACGAUGCUUCAGCAGAAGAGAAAUUAAUGCUGGAGAAAAUUUUAAGCAUUCGACCGGAUACUCUAGUUACGAAUACAAGUACUGAAGCUGGUACACAAGCAACAACUCAAGAACCAACAGCACAAACCACUUCAGCAGCAGCCACUUCCAUACCUGCCAAUAGUUCAACAGCCAGUACGGAUAACGUGAAAUAUAAUUUGAAUCUAAAUUUGAAUUCACCCGAAGUAAAGAAAACUAUUAUGGAAAUAAUGCAGAGGCAACAAAGUAAUGGAGAAUCGUAUGAGGCCCCCUCGACGAAAGUUAAAAGGCAAGUUUCCACAGCGUCUGUAGCACCACCGUCUACACAAAAUUCGACCGAUGCAGUUUUAAAUAAUUCUACUGCCACUGGGACUGUUUCAACACCUGCAAUGAAUGCUACUUUGAACAUUUCAAAUGGAACAACCGAAAAUGGAACUCUAGGCCUCGUGGUAGCAAGUUCAUUACCGCCAAACGGCUUAAACAUUUUACCAGGAAUUCUCAUUUAUCCCAAAUGCCAUAAACACCUUAAACGUGCUGCUGAUUCAACGCUAUUGGGAAACAGCAAUAAGUUGAAUGAUGCUCAAAUCAGCAGCAUUGUAAAAUCAUUUGAUGGAUUUAGUCCAAAAAAUAUCACGGGGUUUGAAGAUUCGAAAUCUAAAAAGCAAUGUAAAUCGGACAAAUGCACUGAAGAAACAGGUGAUAUUAUAGAGGCCCUGAAUAGCUUAAAUCAAAAAUCGUUAACUUUAGCAGAUUUGGGGGUUGAAGAUGCCAUUUCGACGACCAAGUCACUUACUUCUUCACAUGAAAUCAUUUCAGAAGCUGUCGAACAAAAACAGGUAGAAUUGAGAGAAGACAAUCAAAUGAAAGAGAAACUGUCGAAACUGCAAAAAGAUCUUAAAAUGGUGCAAGAGAUUCAAAAUAUAUUUGAUAAUGUAGCUAACGCCAAGGGCAAAGAGAAAAGAAGCGCUCCAACGAAAAGUCGCUUGACAAAGUUUAAACAUAGUGGGUCAGAACCUGAUGAAAAUCGUUACGAUAAUGAAAUCAGUGGUCUCAUCAAGGCCAGAAUGUGGCAGAAACAUAAUAAAAGCUUCUGUGAGGACAAAGUUAAAAGGCAGAAUGCCGCAAAGAAACGGUCUCGUCGUUUUUUAGCGACAAAUUAG